UAUGAUUUAUAGAAAAUGAUGUUGAAGGAGAUGGGAAGAGGAAAAAUAGAGAUCAAGAGGAUCGAGAACUCCACAAAUCGACAAGUAACAUUCUGCAAAAGAAGAAAUGGACUUCUGAAGAAAGCUUAUGAGCUUGCAGUCCUCUGCGAUGCAGAGGUUGCCCUCAUAGUCUUCUCAACUCGUGGCCGUCUCUAUGAGUACGGGAAUAACAACAUAAGAGCAACCAUUGAGAGGUACAAGAAAGCUUCGUCUGAUAACGCCAACACUCACUCUGUCCAAGAAAUCAAUGCCGCGUACUAUCAACAAGAAUCUGCUAAGCUGAGACAACAGAUCCAAACGAUUCAAAAUUCCAACAGGAAUCUGAUGGGAGACUCUUUGAGUGCCUUAAAUGUCAAGGAACUAAAACAGGUUGAGAAUCGCCUUGAGAAAGCCAUCUCCAGGAUCAGGUCCAAGAAGCAUGAGUUGCUUCUAGCUGAAAUUGAGAACCUGCAUAAAAGGGAGAUUAAGCUCGAUAAUGAGAGUAUCUAUCUCCGAACCAAGAUAGCAGAAGUGGAGAGGUUUCAACAACACCAUCAUCAAAUGGUUAGUGGUACGGAGAUGACUGCGAUCGAGGCCUUAGCCUCUCGCAAUUACUUUGCUCAUAACAUUAUGACUAUUGGUUCUGGAUCUGGAGCUGGCCAUGGAUGUUCUUACUUUGAUCCCGACAAGAAAACUCAUCUUGGAUAAUAUCUUGGCGAAAAAAAACCGAGCUGCAGCAAUAAUGGAUUAUAAUGCUUUGAGUUCUGAAAAUCCUCUGCUCAGAUAUAUCUCUACAUAAAAUAUGUUCGGUAAUAUAAUUAUAACUCAAAAAGUACAAUGAAGGUAAUAGUCUGGUAUCUGAUUGAUGAUUUAUCUGAAAUUGUAGAACAUAGCUAUACAUGUGACUAAGGAACAUAAUACUUUCCCUCUC